AUGAGUCUAACUACAUUACACAAUGCAAUACAAUAUACUGCAUUUGAUGUAUUAUCAUCAAUUCUUAAUUUAAUGAAAGCAGAUCCAUUGUAUGAUUUAUUACAAUUAAAUCAAGCGUACUCUAGUCAAGAUCAAGAAUAUGAAAAAAAUGAAUUUUAUGGAGAUUCAUAUCUUGAAGAACGAGCAUCUUCUUUAGUACUAAAAUUUCUAAGAAAAUAUGAACAAAUACCUUUUGAGAUGUAUAGUGGAUUAAGAAUCCACACAGUUAAAAAUCAAACUUUAGGAGAAAUUUUUGACCUUUUACAUUUGGGAGAUACAAAAACAUUUGAAAAGAAAAAGAAAGGAGAUUUAGUUGAAAGUUUAAUUGGUGGUUGUGUAUUAUUAUCACAAAGAGAAAAUGCAACACUAUUUUUAUUAUUUGCUCAUGCAUUGAUUGAUUAUAUUUUUUAUCAUUCUUCUUAUAUAUAUUUUAAUACUAAUCCUCCAAAAUUUGUUAAAGAAGAAAUUAUUGCUGAUAUUCAAAAUUGGUUUAAAGAUAAACUGUUUUAUUAUAGAAGUUCAUUAGAAAAAUAUCGAACUGAUCCUACAAAUUUUUAUUUAGAAGAACAACACGUUUCUGUUGAUCUAUUUGAUGACAAAGAAGAAGUUGAUACUAAUAAUAUUGAUUACAUAUUAAGCAGUUCUGAUCCACUUGAUUUUGGAAUACCUGAACCAUCUUUUAAUAUCGCUACAUCUCCUUCUUGGAAUUCAUCUUUUCAACCUUCACAAUAA